CUACUGAAAUAGGUCGUUUGUAGAAAACUAGAAAACGAAAGUAGGCCUAACCUAACAGACUACAGAAGGCAGAAAAGGAAGUCCGGCUGAGUGUGUAAUCUGCACGGUGUUUGUGUGUGAAGUGUGCAGUCAUGGAAGACGAGGCUCCUGUUAUUUACGGUCUUGAAUUUCAGGCGCGUUCUUUGUGUGCUCAGGCAGCGGAGACCGACAGCAUUCGCUUCUUAGUCGGGACACAGUCGCUGGGGCCUGAAAAUCAGGUCCACUACAUCGACUUUGAUGACGAGAACAACCUGAUCAACAAGACGGUGUUCCUGCACAGGGAGGGAGAGAUCUGGAACAUCAGCGCCUCCACCUUCGACUCCUCUCUCUUCGCCACAUGCUACAACAAAACCUCAGACAACAGGUCGGAACUGAAAGGAGCUUUGUGGCAGCUGCCUGGAGGUUCGAAUCCCCCCAGUCCUGCAGGAGAAGACAACUCCAGCGCUCACCCACACCUGGGUCUCCUGUGUUAUCUCGACACGGAGGAGCACGCAGACGUGAAGAGUGUGCUGUGGCACCCGUCGGGAGACAGUCAGCCGGUGGUCGGCCUCUGUCAGGACAGGAUAGUCACCUGGGACGUUGACACCGCCUCAUCGGCCGCUAAAGUGGUGAGCAGCACCAGUAUUGAAGGUCGAGGUCACCCGAGACUGACCUCUGGCAAGUGGAACCCGCACCACAACUGUCACCAGAUCGCCACCGCCAACGACACGUCGGUCAAAGGAUGGGACCUGCGCACUAUGAGCCAAGUGUUCCACAUCGAGUCGGCUCACAGCCAGCUGGUGCGAGACCUUGACUUCAACCCCAACAAACAGUACUACCUGGUCACGUGUGGCGACGAUUGCCGCGUCAAAUUCUGGGACACGCGCAAAGUCACGGAGCCCCUGAAGGUUCUGUCGGAGCACUCGCACUGGGUAUGGUCUGUCUGUUACAACCACUUCCACGACCAGCUGGUGCUGACCUCUAGCAGCGACAGUCGCGUGGUUCUCAACAGCGUGGUCUCCCUUUCCUCCGAGCCCUACGGCCACCUGGUGGACAGGGACGACGACGACGAUGGGGAUGAGGACAGCCUGCAGGACGGCCCACAGGAGCCGCCCAAGGACGGAGUGAUCGCCACCUAUGAGGAGCACGAGGACAGCGUCUACGCCGUCGGCUGGUCAAGCGCUGACCCCUGGACCUUUGCCUCGCUCAGCUACGACGGACGCCUGGUCAUCAACCGAGUGCCUCGCUCAGAGAAAUACAAGAUCUUGUUGUGAGAGGGAGGUGAG